UCAAUCAAGGAGUAAACAUUAAAAAAUCGCUGGCAUUUAAUUACAAAUAUUGAACUAGUUCCUUGAAGCUGUCACUCUGCCUUUCACAUCCCCGAGGAUGUUGACGAAGGGUUGCAGCCUCUCUCGAGGUCGAUCAAUCCUCCCUGGAUUAUUCCAAGGUAAAAGCCAUCCGAGAUGCCUGACGACGGCUGCAGAGCCGAAGGCUCCGAAGGUCAAGACUGAGAUACCUGGACCUCAAUCGAGAGAGUUGUUGCAGGAACUUAAUAAAUAUCAGCAAGCCGCAACGGUUCAAUUGUUCGCUGACUACGACAAAUCAUCAGGGAAUUACAUAGUCGAUGUGGAUGGUAACACAUUGCUGGAUGUCUACAUGCAAAUAUCCUCAAUGCCCCUGGGGUACAACCACCCGGCGAUGCUGGAGGCCCUCUCCGAUCCCCACAACCAGAGGUCGAUCGUCAACAGGCCCGCCCUGGGGGUCUUCCCCGGUGGGGACUGGCCAAAGAAACUGAAAAGUAUUCUACUGAGGCCUGGGGUAGUGCCCCCGGGCCUUACGCACAUCACGACGAUGAUGUGCGGCUCGUGUUCAAAUGAAAAUGCAUUUAAAAAUAUCUUCCUGUGGUAUGCGAACAAGAAGAGACAUAGUCAGCCGUUCACUAAAGAGGAAAUGGAAAGCUGUAUGAUCAAUCAGAGUCCUGGCUCGCCGCGAUAUUCCAUUCUGUCGUUCAAAGGAGCUUUUCAUGGAAGAACCCUGGGCUCUCUUUCAGUAACCCAUAGUAAAUACAUUCACAAAAUCGACAUUCCGGCAUUCGACUGGCCCAUAGCAUCAUUCCCGAAGUACAGGUACCCCCUGGAGGAGAACCAGAGGGAGAACAAGGCGGAGGACGAGAGAUGCCUAGCCGAGAUCGAGGAGCUCAUGGUCAAGUUUGACAGGGAGAAGAACACCCCUGUCGCUGGAGUUAUCAUCGAGCCCAUCCAGGCGGAGGGAGGAGACAACCAUGGGUCCCCUACCUUCUUCCAGAGACUUCGACAGCUGACCAAAAAGCAUGGAGCUGCGUUACUCAUCGAUGAAGUACAAACUGGUGGUGGUCCCACUGGAAAAAUGUGGUGCCACGAACAUUUUAAUCUCGACUCUCCUCCUGAUAUCGUCACUUUCAGCAAGAAGAUGCAGCUGGGAGGAUAUUUCCAUUCUGCUGAAUUCAAACCUAAUAUCGGCUACAGAGUCUUCAACACGUGGAUGGGUGACCCCAGCAAGCUCAUCCUCCUGGAAGCAAUUAUAAAAGUUAUCGAACAGGAUCGUCUCUUGGAAAAGGUCUCAAAAGUUGGGAAGUAUACCCUGGAGCAGUUGAAGUCCCUCGAGAAGGAGCACUCGACCCUCAUAAAUUCCUCCAGAGGUCGAGGCACCUUCAUCGCCUUCGACGGGGCCACGGCCGAAAUCCGAGACAAGAUCGUCAAGAAACUCCUCUCGAAAGGAGUCCAAGCAGGUGGUUGUGGUGCUACAGCAGUCCGACUCCGCCCGGCUCUCACGUUCGACCAACACCACGCUGAUAUAUUUUUGGACGCUCUCCGUUCAGUCCUCAAGGAAUAAAAAAUACAAGAUGAAAUCAACACUGCAAUAAUCAAGUCUUCCACGAUCACGUGCUGCGCCCGUUAUUUUUGUAUAUUUUUGCAGAAGGAAAAAUCUGGGGUGAAUUCAACAGUUCCACCAGUGAACGAUUCACCUUAGAAUGAACACUCACUACGUGAUAUCUUCAAUGAAUGUGAUUAAUUAAGCAUUAACAUCCGACGUCUUCCGUGCACCAGUCAACGCCCUAUAUACAACAAUAGAAAUGCAAUAAAAUCUCAUGAAAACUCAAUUUUCCUCAA